UUCAGUUGCUGUACGAUGCAGGUCCGACGCUGGUUGAUCGUUCUGCAGAGCGUUGUGCUGAAGUUUCUGUUCGCCAUUUUGCCGCUCAGUUUCGACCGUCAUCGUGAACGGUUUCGAAAUCGAACGAAAGAUGUGAUCCUAUCCACCGUGCUGCUGGUGCUGUAUGCCAUCGUCGGACCGAUCGUCUGUGUCGAGCUGUACGUAAUGAACAUAAGCGGGGAAAACCAAAUAACAAACGCGCUAAGCGCAUUCCAGUUCGCUUUCGUGUAUUUCUUCAUACUGAUUGUGCAAAUAAUAUUCAUCAGAAAGAAAGCAUGUCUGCACGUGCUGCUGAAUGAAAUGUUUCAGCUGAAGCACGUGCUGGAGCGUAUGGUCGCCCGCUCGAUGCUGGAGUUUAGGCUGUACACGUUGUUUUUGGUUAAAGUUACGGCCGUGGACAUCCUGAUGCAGCUGCUGGCGUUGUACACGUUCGAGGACAGCACGUACACGGGGCGGGUGGACAGCGUGGGGCUCGCGAGUUGGCUAACGUUUUACGCCAUGAUGUACUUUAUUGCGGUGAUCGAGAACUUCAUCCUAGUUGGGGUGCUGAUCGGCGCCGUGAUGCAGGGAAUGGUGAACAUCGGCCUGAAACAAUUAGCCCGUUCACGGCAAGGAUCGGCGGCCGGCCGGCAGCCAUCGGUGCUGCAACUGUACAUGCUGCACUGCAAAAACGAGGACAUGGUGAAGCAAUUUAUGGAAACGCUCAACUUUCCCACCCUGAUGCUUACUGGGUGGUACUUUUUCAUGAUCGUCUACUCGGUCUACUACAUGUACGUGUACGCCUUGGAAGCCUCCUUCCGCGGCGUGAGAGCGGACGAGUUUAAAGCAUACAUCAACCCGUUAGUUUUCUUCCUGUACCAGUGCGUACAGCUGUAUCUGCUCGUGUUGAUUCCUUCGGUGUAUACGGAUCAUGCAAAGAAAAUGAUGCGCCUAUUAAACUACGUCAGCGUCAACCAGUACCAUCAUCGACCGGGUCAGGAGCGUCUGAUCGAGGUGCUAAUGGUGGACUGUAUGCAGCGGAAUAAUGCAAUCAGCAACUACGGAAUGUAUGCCAUGAAUCGGGCCCUUCUAUUCGGGAUGAUAGCAACGAUGACAAGCUACUUGAUCAUCCUCAUUCAGUUUCACAUUCAGGCGUAUGAAUAA